GUUGGGUGUCACUGCCCGUGGAAAAUAGUCGGUCCGUUGUAACAAAGUAUUUGCAUAAACUAUGGCUGAUGUGGAUCCCAGUAGAUGUGUGGAUUUUGAUGAGGUCCUGAAAUGCGUUGGUAAUCAUGACUUUAUGAUUGUUGAUGUCCGUUCACCUCAAGAAGUGAAGGAUGAUGGCAGUAUUCAAGGCACCGUGAACGUCCCCAUCGACGAGGUAAGCGCUCGGUUUGGUGUAGGCGCGACCGCCUUAUCGGAGAAAAUGGGUCGAUCAGUGGCCGAAGAUGGUUCCAACGUGAUUUUCCACUGCAAAGGUGGAACGCGAGCUACCAAAGCUGCAUUAGCAGCAGACGAGUUUGGCUUUAAGAAAUCGCGUGUGUAUCAGGGCGGUCUAAUGGACUGGAUUGCCAGAGGUGGCACUGUCUGCAAGGAUUUCUGUCCUUUUUAAACGCUAACUCUUCACGUUGCCUCGUCAUCAGACUCGUUGUGUAAACCUCGCGUCGUAGAUCCUAAGAAUGACCGGCAGCUACGACGAAACUAUGUUCAGUUAAGCCAAGCUGUGAGUGUCGCACAUCUAUAUAAUCUUUGUCAUUCUUACCGAUACAAGUUCACUAUGUACAUGUUCAGGUAGAACGGAAAUUUAAACUGCUAGCAUUGAAAGCAGCAUAUCGUUACGGGAAAUACGCAAAACAGUCCGUGUUCAUAGGAGCUUUGCCAUUUCAAAGUAUCUUAUUAAUGAAUCCGUCAAAAUCUAGAUUGAUGCCAGUGCACGACUUAUAGACGUAUAUACUCUUCCGCGGCCCAAUAUAUCUUGAUGAAAGAAAAUUGUGUACGGAGGCGAUCUUUUUCAAACACGUUUUUCUGAAAUCAGCAUAAUUGAGUGCAAUUAUUUUCUAAGUUAGCACAACUUGAAAACUAGUUGCUAGAUCUAUUUUAGUGCAUGUUCAAAGUGAUCGCGCCAAGAGUAUCUUACCUGAACCGACAUUUUUUAGGUCAUGCGUAUAAGGACACGAGCUAAAUAACGUAAUACGAUUAAUUUUAUAUACCGUUAAAUGAAAUCAUUAUCUAACGUAAAAAUCAUAGGCCAUAGUUAUCUCUAGCGACAAAAGGAAUCGUGUUGUAUAACAUCCACAUCAGGUUCGGAGCUGAGAAAGCACAAGCUACUCUCAAAAUUAAUCAAAAAGCACAUAUUUCAGAGUCUGAUGAAAAACAGCCGCAGCUUGGAAGUUGAACCCAGAAUUCUUUCUGGAAGGAUGCUUUUGUGCUUAUCCCGUAUAAUCACGUUCUCGACCAAUAUAUAUAUUAAGUCGUCGGGAAAGUCUGGACCCUUUCUCUGAUUAGGUGGCUUUAAGAUCACAUAUUCCAGGUAGUAUGAAGUCGUAUCAGGUCGACGUCGACGUCAUAUAAACGUUGAUUUGGCAGGAAUAGAUGUGGAAAAAUUGUUCGACUGCCUUUGUUCAGAUUCAAGCUAGAAGGCCUUGAAAAUAAACAUAAUUUAUACAAAAAAUAAUCGCUAUAUUUCAAUACCGUCUUAUCAUAAUAAAAAGCUUCCCAGGCCUAUGCUUAUAGCGAAGAUGCGUUAUCAGAAGAAACGGCUCAAAGAGGCUUCUGUCGCUUUCGUUGCGGAAAUUUCAAUGGGAAAAUGCGCUCUUCGUAGUAGCUGACCGACCGGCGAGUAGCGAUGAUAUCGCCAAGGCGCUAAACAGCGAUCAACAAACAGUUUUAAACCAUUUAAAGAUAGACGGAGACAAAAGAAGCUUGAUGUUUGAGUGCCAUACGAACUGAUGUAAAGAAAUGACUAGGUCGUGUUUCCAUCUGCGAAAAUCCGCAGAAACUUAAACUAAAUCUUGCAAAAAUUGAGAAAACUUGGAUAGCAAGUUCUAGUGCACCCGAUGUAUGGCCGAGAUCUUAUACAAUCAGACUAUCAUCAUACGUUUCAGUCACUCACCAGAAUUUUUUUACUGGUAGUAAUUUAGUUUUAAUAGAAGCACGUAAAAAUUACUUCAGUUCUACAGUGGCUGGAUUAUAGUAAUUAUCAGGAAAAUGGCGUAUAUUUAGUUUAGUGAAAAUGUUUGCUUCAAUGUUAACGAUUAAUACUAUUUAUCGACAACUCGAUGUAUAUAUAUUUGCGGUGAUCUCUACAGCCUAUGUACUCUAUGAAUAAAGACAUCAUUUCUUCUUACAUGGUUACAAUUAAAUUUAUUGGUUGUACAUUUUUCGCAUAUUGGGCUAGAAAAUCACAAAGUUCUUCAGUCUGAGCGAGCUAUUCUUGCUCAUCCAUCUUGUUCCAACAUACAAUGACUCUUUUAUCUCUAAUAGCAUCGCACCGGCUAACACCUUCUCGAGACUCACGGUGUGGUAUCUUGUCAAGCGAAUCUUAUCUUGGUCAUUGGCUUUCAAUCUAAUAUGUAUCCUUACUUUACUCAUCGGUUUCUUUAUGGGAUACACACCAUUCUAUUGGUAUCCCAUUGAUUCGGUUCACUUUUAUGAUACUUAUGUGCUCAAUAUAUUCAUUCACGUUCUACACAUCCAUAGAGUCGCCGAACAUCUUCGUAGUUCUUCAUCAUUUUGACGAUUCGUAAAUACACGAUCGACGCCAUUGCUGUGAUUAUCAUCUUCCUUUUUUUCUACGCCUAAUCCGUCAGUAAUCUAUAUACUAAAUAUCGUACCUAUUAGUGAGGUACAGCAAUCGGUUGCCGACCCUUAUAUACAACUAGUGAGCUUGCUAUAUGGUUUGCUAUAUAUAUUUCUUUACUGGUAUUUUUUAGAUAUUAUUUAUGGGGAGAAAGGGAAAUUUAUCCACGUGAACCCGCGCGUGACCUCUUGAAACGGGUUUUCAUUGUGUCUUCGUCAUCUGUCUGCGUAUUACAUCAGCUUUUGCCUCUACCGAUUCCAACACGUAGCACGUUAUCUUUCUGUCAUCUAUUAUUGAGGUACGAUAUAUAUCUUGUAUACAAGAUGGAAAGAGAGCUGUGUUCUCUAUUUUAGCUUUGCCGCAGUUGUUUUUACUCUGACCCGAAGUCGGCUAUACUGGCUUCGCGAACAUAGAAUGCUUACCUACGACGGCCAGCAUGUCGUCAACAGAUGCCCAACUUAUUAUAUUGUAUGCAGCAGGCUCGAGGUCGCCGGAGAACGGUAUAGGGUAAACACUAAUCCAUGUCUCCUAUGAAGUGGUAUUGGGUAAUCGCAAGGUUUACGACACAGGCGUCAAUAGCGUUAGCAUUUUUAAAUUAAUUUGGCUGUCCGUCGUCUCAGCAGUAUUUCGAUAGGCAGCAGCCGCAGCGUUACUAACGGCGUGAGUUUAGGUUGUCCGGUGGUGAAUCACUGAACUUUGAACCUUAAGGUUUGGCGAUACAGAGUUAUAUCAGGUAACAUCAGAGACCUAAAUAUUUUUAGGGCUACGGUAAAGGAUUCGAAUAGAUAUGAGCAAUAAAACUCUAAUUCUUAUAGUUAAUUAUAUAAUAUAAUAUAAUUCUUAUAGAAAGAGGCAAGAAAAGCAUGUGACGGGGUAAAAGUUUUGUCUUUUUUUUGUCUACGAUGCACAAGGCGAAAGAGAGGUACUCAACUUUCUUUCGGUAAAUAUGAAAUUCUUCAUUUACAUAAGUACUUAAAAAUUUAGACAAGGUUGGAACUUCUGCUGUCGUCGAUCCUUUUAUAGGUCUGGUACUGUUCCACAAUAUGAAGCUCGCAGCAGCAGAUAUUCUGAAUCAUUAGGAAAAACUUGGUCAUCUCAGAGACGAUAGGGCUACACUUUUCUGAUAUAGUAGACGCAUAGUUCUACACUAUUGAUCGUUGGAAGCAACGAGCGCGCAAAAACAAUUCGUUUACUGUUUGCCUAUUCUUGUCGUUCCUUUGAAGGGCCUGAUUUGCCUAUCCAAUAUUUCAUAACUACCUUUAUAUGUAUAUAUAUGUUUUGCUAUUUGUUUCGUGUUCUAUUUGUUAGAUCGAGGGUCUACUCUUUUCACAAGAUGUCGUUCCCCCUUAAGCCUCAAUCCUGUCAGAACAAGCGGCGGCAAACGUUCUAUAUGAAUAUCUAGUGUUUUGUGGUUUGCUAGUAGACUCGCCCCUCACCCGCCGAUAACUUUACCCAAUCCGAAAGGGCCCAAUUGUUAGAAAGGAUUUUCAUCAGAGUUCGGCCCGUAGAACGUGACUCGACGUAGUGAUACCUAUAUAAUUUAACUUAGCACUAUUUAUACCCAUAGAAAACAAGCGUUGUCAUUUGGUCUUCAUCAACGUCGGCCACUUAACCACCUUUACAUUUGUGAAAUGAUCAAAUAGAUCUUCCGACAAUUCCCCCUGUGCGCUAUAGCUAUUUAUAAUUCUUGUCACUAUUGCUCUGUCAGCCAUUUGUAACAUGUAUUUUAAGUAUAAAUAAAUAACAAUUACGCCCAUAUAUAUAUAACACAUAUAUAUGGCGUGUCUGUGUGUAAAUAAAUAUGUGGUUCAAGUAGUAUUCGGACAUCAUUGAUCAGCGUAGUUAGUAAAUAUACAUCGAAACGCGAUCGACUAGUGAUGAAAAUUUUGCUUAUUUAGUAAAAUCAAUGCAUAGUAAAUAUAAUCCUCCCCCAGGUUUCAGUCGACCUCCAGCCAUCGUUGAGUAGACAUAAGUAGAUUAAGAAUGGACGAGAGACAUCAACCCCUACAAUCAACGCAGCACCAUCUUGAGAAAAUAAUGACAAGUGGAUAACAAAAAAUGGCGGAUCGAUUGUGCUUGAUGAUCGUUUUUUAAAUUGCAUGACAGCUGUCGUGCAAGAAGGACAGGACGAGUAUCUUCAUGUUCUACGUGUUGUUGUACAAUCCACUUUUCAUUGCUCGUAUGCGUUCAGUGUAGCACAGAAUGCACCAAAAGGGCAUGGUAGACCGUUGUACUUCUACUUGCCCAUAGACUAUCUGUUCUUAGCUCAGAAAACUAAGAAAGAUGAACACGAAAACUAGAGCUAAUUCAUUGUGACAAAUGUCCACGCAUUCGCUACCUAACAACAAACAUAUUUUUUUUUGCUCAUAUGAUCUGUAUACACACGCGCAAA